CUUAAUGAAGUCGACGGAGUAGGAACGUAAUAAAUCGGUGUCUCCAAGGAAAUAAUAUUGAUGUUUUAUGUUUUUUUUUAUGAACUAUAGUAGUAUGGGCGAAGUAUUGUUCCAGUUUUAAAAACUGACUUAUUACGGAAUACGUUCGGAGAGGUGAAAAAAUGAUAAGAAAUCAAUUUAAAACAUUUCCUAACCAAGGUAGGCAUGGAUCCUAAGGAUUUGAGGGCCAACGCACCACUCAGUAUAAGCGUCAGUGAUGACACCACUAAAUAUGCCCACAGCAGUCCAACGCUUCAAGCUAAUAAAAGCAGAUCAUAUCAUGAAAUCGGAUCAACCUCAAUGGGUAAAAUGGACGCUACGGCCGUGCGACCAUGCGCUAUUAUUGGACCUGACCGGGUGCUCCCACAGACCUCAGGAGAUGUGUGUUUAAAAAAAGCAGUUGAACCAUGGCCUUGCUCAGAAAAUACAUACCGUCAACUACCUGAUUACCCAAACAGGUUGUCUGACUAUUCACCUAUUAGAAACAUAUCACCAAGACAGACAUUCCAAGAAAAUAUGCAGCGGAUAAUGGUACCCCCUAGUUACAAUUAUUUAAAAAAUAGUGAUGAUAAUAGCAACUUAAAAAAUCCUAAGUUAAACAUGCCACAAGAUGCUAAAUACUGUGAUGUGCCUUAUAAUAUGAACUCUGUGUCCAAUGAACUUAAAAGUGUUAGAAAUAAUGAUAUACCAAUGCCUAGUGUUAAUCCAGCUUACGGUAGAAGUGUACCACAUUAUGGAUGGCCUGGUGGUGUUAAUAUUCGACCGUCAAGACCUUAUGUUGCUCCUGAAAUUUAUCAAUAUCCAGAAUAUCCUAGUUGUGUUGGUCCUAGACCUGUGACAAUAUCACAUCCUCACAGAAUAAAUAGUGAAGACACUGCUCAAGUCUUUUCGGAACGUUUAUAUCAAGAGGCUAAUAUCCGCUUUAAGCCAUAUCCCACUUUAAAAGAAAAACAUCAGCAGGCGAGGUAUGACUAUAUAAAUAAUUACAAAAAUAGUUUUCAUCCACCUCAUACAUUCCCACCCCACAAAUAUGAAUUGCAAAAGUCAUUACAAACCCAUCCCUACCCUAUGUAUCCCCAAGUACCUUUAAAAUAUUUAGACAGGAGAAUACACGAAACUUUUGUUGAUGGGUACCAACGGUCUAAUCAACAACCAAAUUUUAAUUCGCAAUUUACACAUAAUCCAGUUAUUCAUCCUCCAUAUGGUCCCAUAUCAGGAAAUUGUAUACAAAAUAAAUCUUUUGUAGAUUCACCAAGUAAACCUAUAACCACUAAUAGGAUACAACAUGAAACUAAUAAUAAAACUUAUUUUGAAGAUCCUUCUCGUAAUAAAGGAUAUCCCAUACCUGAGAGUGUUUACUUUAGUGAUGCCAACCAUGCUCAGCAUUUGAGAAGUGAAAUUCUAUUACCAAACCGAUCUACACUAAAUAUGCAUCCAAUGCAACAACAUCAAAUUUACCGAAGAGACAAUUUACCUAUAAAACAUCAUGAGUAUAAUCCUCAUUACAGGAAUACAGAUCAGUCUGUUAACUUAAAUUAUUCAUUAUCAAGGCUACCUUUACAAUAUUCACCAAAUAUGUUUGCCAUUUCUCCAUCAGAUUCAAAUACUAGUAAUGAUACUAUACAUACUAUAGGAACUCAAGAAGACUGUGGAUAUGUAAGUCAGUCAUCAACGAACAGUGUAAGAAGUUUAGAUGCUUUUUCUAAAGACAUUUAUAGAAGACAUGAUUACAAUAUGCAUACAGUACCAAGAAGUGUAAAUAGUUCUGAUAAAAUAUCUAAGAAUAAUAACAAUUCUUCAAACAAAAAAAAUAUUGAUGUCAGACAAUUUUUACAAAUGUGGAAUGAAGGCGAAGAUGAAGCAAAUGAAUCGAGUAAAGAAACUGUACAUCAAAUUCAUCCAAGCAUUUUUCCUACACAACCUAAAACUAUUGAUAACCAGGAACAGCUUUAUGUUCUUGGAUUAGUUAAUGUUCCUAGUGAAGAACUUAGCAAAUAUGAGCAUAUUCAAAAAAUUUCUGAACUUCCCGAAAAUAUAAAAGGUUAUAAUAGUAUAGAGUUACUUAACCAAUAUGAAGAACUUUUAGAAAAACCAAGUAAUAGUAAUUACAAAGUCAUUCCAAAAGUACAUAAAGACCACUCUUCUAUGUUAAAGAGAGCGAAUGAUAAAGAAAAUAAUUCUUUGCCUCGUCCUGUAUCACCUUUAGAUGUAGAAGCAAAAAUAAGUCAGUCCGUUAUUCAUAAGGAAGUCGGAUGUAAUUUCGAAAUUAAACCCUGUAGCCCAGAAAUGUUAAAUGUAGAAGCUGCAACACCAAUACAGAAUAUAUUAGGAGAAAGGAUCAUAGAAAAAAUUACCAAUCCAAUGACAUCCAAGUCACCAAUAUUACCAAAAAAUGAUGAUAUUAAACCUCACAAUUCUGAUAUAAAUACUAUUAAAAUUGCAAGCUGUGACAUUAUUAAUAAACAAUUUCCUGGUAAUAAUUACGGCAAUAUAGCCAAAAAUAACAACUUUAAUGUGCAAGAUUUCGAAAGCAAUUCUGGCAUAUCUUUCGCAUCUUUGCCUAGAUUGGAUAAUGAUAUUGAACUAAAUUUUCCUGAAAUUAAUCAACAAUUUAUAAAAGCAAACAAUAUAGAAACUGAAGCUCAUUUAUUCCAAAAGGAUUUAACCCAAUUAAAUGAAACAACUCAAGAAAAAAGUAGUCAUCAAGAACUGAGUAGUUUAUCCCCACAAUUUUGUUUAGGUUCUGCACCAGAAAAGCAAUUUUCUAAAUUGAGUAAAUACAGAAAAACCAAAAAAUGUGAUAUGAUACCCAAAGAUGAUGAUAUUAUGGAGAAAAACAUAGUUGCAGUACAGCAGCGAAUAAAUAGUGUAAUAAUAAAAAAUCCCGAUACUAAAUUACAAGAAGAAAUUGAAGAACCUUUCACAAUGUCUAAUAAAACUACAUCUGAAAAUAUUCAUUAUAACUAUACAAAGCAAGAUCACGACAAACUUUUUUCCUCUUUUAAACCUGAAAACAGUAAAAAUGAGCAAACAUCGUUUGAUACUGCUAUUGACUUUAGCUUGAAUAAACCUGAAACAGAUGUAUCUUACGACUGUGUUAGUAACAAUUAUGUUGAAUCACAUAAUUCCGGUGAUAAACAACAAAUAAUUAUCAAUGAAAAUGAUAAAGAUAACGUUUCUAAGGAUCUACCUCUAGAAUUACGAUUAGAACAGAUAAAAGAUCAGGAAAUAGUACAGGAAAAUAUAAACAAACAACCAAUAGAAUAUUCAGGACACAAUAACAACACGGACACAAAUGGCAAUUCGGUUUCUAAGGAACAAAUUCAAGAAUUACACGUUGAAUGCAUAGAAGAUCAUAAAGCAAUGGAAGAAAAUAUUAACAAUGAAAUUGAACAUUCAGAUCCUAUUAAUGAAUCACACUAUUCCGCAAAUAAUUGCAAUAUAAGCUUCAGUUCUGAACAAGAGUUUACUUCUAGAGACGAAAGCGAAAAAUUACAUCAAAAACAGAUAAAAGAUCGUGAAGCAACAAAAGAAAAUAUAUCUAAAGAACCAUUAGAUAAUACAAUUCAAGUAGAAGAAAACAGUGCUAUAAUCACUCGUGAAUCUUAUGACGGUCUUAAUACAUGUAGUGUAGAACCACAUCAUUUUGAUACGGUACGAUACGAUAGUCGAGAUACGGAAACACAUUCAGAAACUAUUUCUUCGAAGCAAUCUGAAGAACUACACGUAAAACAGAUUAAUUAUCAAGAAACAAUAAAAGAAAACAUAGUUAAUAACAUUGACCCACUGGAAUGUACAGAAAUUCACGUGAAACAUAACUACACUAGUCAAUCUAAUGUCUGUGUUAAUCAAUUUCAAGAUGAACAACAUACCUCUGGUAGUAGUCACGAUAUAAAUUUUAGUUUCGAAGAGAAUGUUAUUAAUAAGAAGGAACAUGCAAAAUUACAUCUUAAACUGGACAAAGACGAUGAAAUAGCUCAGGAAAAUAUUAUAAACAAAGAAUCAAUAGAAAACUCAGUAAUUCAAGGUGAUAUAAAUAUUACUUCGGCUGCUUUGAAACAGCCUAUGAAUACAAUUUGUAAAGAAAAUAAUAUACCAGAAAAAAAUAUUUCGAUUAUAUCAGAAUUUAAGGAAUUCCCUAAUGUAGACACAAAUACUACAAAUAUUGUAAGACCAGAGGGUGAAUCUUUAUUAGAUAGUUCAAUAAACAUGAAAUUAGAUUGCAUGGAAAAAAAUAAUGAAAAGAAAGUUGUGGUAGUAACCGGAACAUUUUCCCACCUGGAAAAAAUAGAACCCACAUCGCAAUGUAAAAUAAAAUCUGAUGAAGAUGACAACUUUAAAGGCAAUAUAUAUAAAAGUUAUGAGUUGUGCGAAAUAGAUCCAGGAGCAGUAAACACUGCAGUAGAAACCAUGUUAAAUGGUGAUAUUGAAAUUAAAACGAUUGUAGAGAAUGUAUCAUCUUCGACAGGCAGUAGUGAAGAAUUGGAAUAUACCAAAGUGUUAGUUGAAAUUGAAAAAAAUAAAGAAUUACACAAUAGAGAAGAAAGUAUAUUAAAAAUGCUAGAUAAUUACGAUGAAAUUGAAAGAGAAACGUGUACGGUGUCACAUUCAAUUGAUGACUUAAAUUUGAACAACCAGUCUAAAGACAUCGAAAUAAUCGCUAAUGAGGUUUGUCAUCUUCGUGAUAACGUUCGAAAAGAUUUCGAUGAAGCAUGUAAUGAAGAAACUAACGAUGAAGAAAAGAUGAUCAACAAAAUAACUCAUGAUGGAUUUUCAAAACCAGAAACUUAUGAGUUUAAUAGUGAUGGUAAAAUGUUAAUUAACGUAAGCAAUGUCUUCAACGAACUAUCAGACGGUAGUCAACACCAAUAUUCCCGUAAUAAAAUAAGUUCAUUUACGAAAAACGAUUAUGAAACUAUAUGCAACAAUGUGUCGGUCUCUACAAUAGAAAACAAAAUCAUUACAAAUAAUACUAGUAAUGUGGAUACUAAAUGUUUCAUAAAUAAAACAAAUAAUAUUUUGAUAUAUAAAGAAAAACAAAUAAAUAAAGAACUUUUUUCCCCAUGGAUUCAAAAACUUAUUGUAUUUGAAGAUGGAAAAAUCCAAAAUAAGGCGAUUGAAACUACACCUGCUAAAGUCGGUAGUCCUUUUAAAACUACAGACCAAAAACUCAAUAUAUAUACAGAUAACAAUGAGCCAAAUAAUUUAAUGCGACAAGAAAAUCGGACAAACGAAGAACAAAAAAAUUGCCCUGAUAAAACCAAUUGUGAAAAAAACUUCGAUUGUAAUAAAACCGUUCCGACAAAUGAUUUAAGUAUUCUUUCGGAAGAUAAUAAUUCUAAAAUUGAAGAAAAUACAACACCUUCUGUAUGUGCUUUUCGACCAAUUUUUUUAAAAAGAUCUUUAUCCGAAUCAGCAUUAGAUGACUAUAAAGAUGAUGAAAGUAUAGAACAUUUUGUACCCAACAAGCGCAAAAAAAGAAAUCACAAUAUCAUACAUCCAGUCACAUCAGAAGAUUUGUGCAAUAUAAUCCAAACUAAUCGGAGAAAUUCUAUUUCAACUUUUUACAAUGAUGAUAAUGUAUUUAUACUUAUUGACAACGAUUUAAUUGUAGCAGAAGAAAAUGAUCAUUCUGAUAAAAUGUUUUACACUGAAAUACCAAAUGAAUUUGCAAAUAGUAUACAGCAAAAUGAUUGUAUAGUUGAUGAAACAACUACAACUAUAGCAAGUGCGAUGACUUCGCUAGAGUCUGAUUUAAUCUGUGAAGAAAAGCCCACUGUAGAAUCGUGGGUAGAAGACGUAGCCUGUAUAGAAACCGUAGUAAGUGACGAUAUUAUAGAUGAUAGUGAUUACGUGAUUGGGUCACCAAUAAAAUUAAAAAACCCUGAUGAUAAUAUAAAUGAUCAAUUUGAGUUUUGUAAUUAUGAACAUAUAGACAAAAUCAAGAACUCAUACAGUAGUAACAUGUGCAGUAACGAUAAGCAAAUUUUAAAAACUUUGUACAUGACACCACAAAUGAAUAUGAAUAAAGCACUUCUUGAUAUAGAAUCUCAUUCAGCAAGAUAUCAAGAAUUUAAUAAAACACAAGAACUUCCAAAAGAAAAUAACGAUUAUCUUGAUAAAUUUGACGACAAGACUUUAACGUAUAAUAACUGUGAAGUUAUAUAUGAAAAAGAGAACAUAAAUACAAAAGACAUAAAAAAAAGACGAAGUGAUGAGAUAAAUAAUGACCUUUAUGUUAACUUUACUAGUGAAUAUACUCAGGAAAAAGAAAAAAUCCUAUUACACAAUGAACUAAAAGGAGGCAGUAAUUUACAUAGUCCAAAAAGAACUUUAUCUAACUAUUCAAAUUCAAGCUCACCUGAAGUAUCUUCUACGACUCCUGAAGAUAAAAAUUCUAAUAUUUUAUUAAAAAUUAACAAUAACACUGAUUCUAGGAUAUCAAAUGAAAUGGACUCCAUCGAGAGAUUAAGUUAUAAACUCACUGAAAAUAAGAAAUAUCAAAACUACAAUACUAAUUUCAGUUCAUCGCGAACAUUAAUAACAAAAGCAGCCCAGAAAUAUAUUCCACCUCUAAAAGAAAGCAGUCGCGAUCUCAAAAUAAAACUUCCUUUACCUAAACAUCGCCUUCAAACAUUAAAGCAAUUAAAAGUAUCCAAAGUGGAACCAAAGAUAGAUGAUAGUGCAAUAAAAUAUACACAUAAAAAUGCAAUACCGCAGGUACCAAAAAAAAUUAAACCAAAAUUCGAAGAUGUUCUUAAAAGUAUUGAUGAAAUUCAUUUCAAGAAACGUAAAGACAAAGUAAAAAAAGGAAAGAAUGGAAUACCCAAAGUAGUUAUUAAAAAAAAUGAAAAUGGAGCACAUUUUGCAAGUUGCAAAAGUGCUAAUGACAAAGAAAUAUACAACCCGGACUUAACUGGGAGAAAAUGGCAACCAUGGGUUUUUCUUGAAAAAAAUAAUUUUAUAGAUAAAAUGGCAGUUAAGAAUAAAGUUAAAGCAAUAUAUUGCCAUCGAAAGAAUAAUUAUGUGUUGGCUGAAAAAUUUCGAAAAUAUAAAUCUAUUUAUAACGCUAAUUUCGUUAUUUCUCAACCUAGUCCAGACAAUUCAAUAAAAGGAACAUUAAAAUAUACAAUUAGGCUAAAGCACAAAUAAAUGUUUGCAUACUUUCCUGGUAUGAUGGUACACAUAUGUUGCAGUGAUUGUUAUUCCUAUGUACAUCCCACCAUAAAAUGGUCUCAAGUUCUUCUAUCAAAUACAUUCCUUUAUUGCAUCAAA